GACGCAUAUAGUCUAUUUUUAACGCACGAAAUUAUUGUCUGGAUUUAUUUUUGUCUGGCACUGGCCAGUCAUGUUGUUACGAGCAGCUGAUGACAUUUUUGUGCUUCAAUCCAAACAAAGAAUGGUGUUUAGUGCCUGCCGAAGAUUGUCCAUGGUGACAGCCAAUGAAACAUCGCCCCUCGAAGAACCGAAUAUUGCUGAAGGCGUUGAGUGAAUAAGUUUUCGUUGGAAAAUUAAACGUCGAAGAAUGUCUCCGAAAAAGCAGCCGGCCACUCUGAAUGUGUUUUGCUUAAAAUGGCUCUCCAAUCAACUGAUAAACGCUCUAAGCGACGAGGAAGUUAAGCAUUUGGAUGAAGUGCAGGUCUAUAUGAAUUCGGCCACUUAUGAUGUAUUGCAGGCUCUGCUAGGCGAAAUUCUUGGAAUGAUAAAUCUGGACGCAAACAUCAGAUUCAGCUGCUUACAAGUGCUGCUAAGGCCUGAUGUAAAGCACCUCGAAAUAGGAAUUUUUCCGCGCUUUUACUACGACCAGAUAUUGACAACAAUUCGCAAACAGGGCAAAGGCCUGAACUACCUGAACUUGAAAGGAGUGUGGGCUAGAGACUAUUCGCAACUUUUGGGAGAUCUCGUCCUCGGCCUGCAGAGGCUCAGAACCCUGAUAAUUCCGCACAUGUCUGACGAUUCUGUGAUAAACACUAUACUUAGUCUUAAGGGCUUAGUAAAGCUGGAUAUAUCUGGAGAGGCUUGCUAUUCCAGUGCGGCGAUUCGCCUGUUGAGGAGCGACAGCUUGAGAAUUUUGGACAUUGGCAGUUUCGGCAAGCCGGAGUUAUGCCCGGACGGGACAAAUGGCCCCGAGCUCGUCGCGGAAAUAAUCCAGCAACUCCCGAACCUCAACGUGCUGAAAACGUACUCGUUUACCGGCCACGCUCUUUUGCAUCUGUUCAAAAAAGACGACAACUUCCGCACCAAACUCACCUACCUCCAUACGACUGAUUGCGAUGUUAAUAUUUUAAACGCCAUUACCUGGACGGCUCCUUUUUUGGACAACGCCCAUUUCAACUGUCCGCAAGAGCGAGUAGUCAGUGGUCUGGGCCAAAUUAAGCAUUUGCAUGCUUUGAAACUGACUCGGGGUGACUUCACACACAAGCGAAAAGCUGAGGAAAGUAAUUGAUGAAUUUGCAGGAAACAAUGAUGAAUUACGGAACUUUCUAUGCGCGUCUGGAAAGCAGCUGCACGUCCUCAAACUGAACAAUAGCCGAAAUUCGAGCAUAGACCUUUCAGAGCUGUGCGGAUGCACACCUGAAGUAACCGCCCUCGAAUGCUUCCAGGUAGGCCUGGGUAACUCCGGGAGUUGGCGC